UUCAGAAUCCGGUUGCACAUUGGUUGGUCAGAUGCGUUUCAUCAUAAAAGAAAAUUUUGUAAUGUAUGCAGGAAAAGAUUGGAUGACAGCGAAUCCAUCCAUUGUGAAAUAUGCGAAUAUUUCGUACACGUGGAAUGUCAGGAUUUUGCAGUGGCAGACUGCAAGGAAAACGCGACUUAUCUUCCGGGGAAACAACUCGUCUUCGUGCACCACCAACACCACUGGCGGGAAGGAAAUCUUCCGAGCAAUUCCAAGUGCGCUCUUUGCAAGAAAACCUGUUGGACUACCGAGUGCUUGUCUGGUUAUAGAUGUGAAUGGUGUGGAAUGACGUGUCACGCAGCGUGUCAUACGAGUAUUAACAAUGAGUGUACAUUUGGCAUCUUGGAACCCAUCUAUCUGCCACCGCAUGCCGUCAGCAUACCUAGAACAGAAGUACCCAUGGAAGCUAUCAUCGGAGUCCAAGUGAGAAGAAAGGAUACUCUGUCCCUCAUCAGUUUGGAUACUGUAAGGAGGAGUGCUUCUUUGUCGAGUGUUUUGAAGCGCCUUUACGUCGUAUUGCCGAACUCUUGCCAAAGUAUUAGCCAGUCCCAAAUGUCACCUCCUUAUGUUCGAGCACGGAGUACAUCGGAGGAAUUUAGCAGCGGCGAUGCUGGUCGAUAUAGGGAUUCAGAAGAUUACGCACAAACACACGCACCAACUCGGGAUAGCCGGCAAGAUAAGCAGAAUAAAAACCAAGAAGAAAGAGAUGAAGAAAUGAUUAAAGUGUAUGACGGCAACAACUCUUUCCGCAGAAAAAUAUUCAGGUUGAUCGUAGUUCCGAGGCAGGCGCCACUCAAACAAGUUCUCACGCAAGCUCUUAGGGCAUUCCACAUUACAAAAGAUCCAAAUUCAUUCCAUCUAACUGACCUCUAUUCUUCGGACGAAGCAGUCAUGCAGGAUCCAGCACCUGUAUUGAGUCUGCACAGAAAGGAAGGAAAACGACCGGCAGUUUUUCUCAGAUUUAAGGAUCGAGAUAACGAUGCUGGUGAAGUUCGCGUUUAUCCAGGUAAAUUACAAGUAUCUCAGUCACUCUGCACCGUGCCUGUAGAUUCCAAUACAACUGUCGGAGAUCUUAUCGGCGAGGCGUUAAAACGUUUUGGUCUAGAGGACAGCAACGCCGAGGAUUACCGAUGCAGCGAGGUCCUCUUGGACAGGGGCGUUACCGAACGGGUGUUGUCUUGGAACGAACGACCAUGGGAAAUAAUGAAACAACUGGGCAAAGACAGCAUCCGACAAAUGGAGUUAAUGAGAUUUUAUUUACAACUCAAGCAGGAUCCCCACGGACCAAAUUUAGCAUUAUUUGUUGGAAAUUUACCACCGAACCUUUCUGAACGAAAUUAUGAAAAUAUCCUUACCGAUUUUUUAGGCAAAGAAAAUAAAUUCUCCAAGAUUGGUCCCAUUUAUUACGAAUACGGAUCCAUGGUGAUCACUUAUGAAGAUUCAGAGAAGGCUGUGAGAGCACUGUAUAUCUUAAGAGAAUCUAAAUAUGAAGAUAAACAACCGUUACUUGUUAUGCUCUUACCAAACAUAGAACCUUCGAUGAUACCCCAAGGCGUACAACCGCUUUUGGUAUUCGUUAACGUAAAAUCCGGCGGCUGUCAAGGUUUAGAACUAAUAUCGAGUUUUAGAAAAUUAUUAAAUCCCUAUCAAGUUUUCGACCUCGAUAACGGUGGUCCUUUACCAGGACUGUAUGUAUUUCGAAACAUUCAAAACUACAAAAUACUCGUUUGCGGUGGUGAUGGUACCAUCGGAUGGGUUUUGCAAUGUCUGGAUAACGUCGGUCAAGAUUCUCAGUGUUCUUCACCCGCUUGUGCCAUAGUACCAUUAGGAACAGGUAACGAUCUCGCACGUGUAUUACGAUGGGGACCUGGUUACACAGGCGGUGAAGACCCUCUAAAUCUUCUUAGAGACGUGAUAGAUGCCGAAGAAAUCCGCUUGGACAGGUGGACCGUCGUUUUUCAUCCCGAGGACAAACCAGACGACAGCAGUGUUAAGCAGGUCAACUCCACUGGUAAGAGGAGGCAAAAACUGUCCAAAAUGAAAGUGACCAAUGAGCAAAUUAGAAAAGCAGCCAGUCUAUCAUCUGAUGUCACUGCAUUAUGGCACCACUUUGUAGCAAGUUCUACAAGCGAAGACAAUUCACAAAUAUUCGUGAUGAACAAUUAUUUUGGGAUCGGCAUCGAUGCUGACCUCUGUUUGGAUUUCCACAACGCGCGCGAAGAAAACCCUGGAAAAUUCAUCAGUCGAUUGCACAACAAGAGCGUUUACGUCAAAAUGGGUUUGCGGAAGAUGGUCGGACCGAAAAUGUGCAAGGAUCUACACAAAGAGGUUAGGUUGGAAGUUGACGGGAAAUUGGUGGAGUUGCCGCAAGUUGAAGGGAUCAUUAUUCUUAAUAUUCUAAGUUGGGGAUCAGGAGCUAACCCUUGGGGUCCAGAAAAGGACGAUCAGUUCUCGAAACCAAAUCACUGGGAUGGGAUGCUAGAAGUCGUAGGUGUAACAGGAGUGGUUCAUCUUGGUCAAAUUCAAUCUGGUUUACGUACAGCUAUGAGAAUCGCUCAGGGAGGGCACAUUAAAAUCCAUCUAAAUUCAGAUAUCCCCGUACAAGUUGAUGGAGAACCUUGGGUACAAAGUCCCUGUGACGUCGUAGUGCUCAAAUCUGCUCUCAAGGCAACAAUGCUGAAGAAAAAUAAGUUCAAGCGUCGACCUACCGAACCGAACAUAUUACCCGCCAAUGGGGAGGGGGGAAAGAGCACAGACGAAUAA